AUUAAAUUUGAUUUUAACCAUUUCAAAAUCAUGUUCACUACAAACAACAUCCCAAUCUCAACUAAAUAAUGAAACGUAUUAUCAUAUUCUAGUGUUGAUUCUCAUGGGAAUAAGAGGGUUGGGUCAAGUAAUUCUGGGACUAAACUUGUACUCAAAACCAAUCCAACCAACCACACCUAACACACAUUGUGUCUAAUUAUUUGCUCAACCACCCAACAAUCUGAAAGAGCUAGCACUAUCCUUGCCUUCUUGGUUUCCCUAUCAAACACUUAAACUCACAAUUGACUGGUCUUUCAAUGCAAGAGGUUGUCCGUUGUUUUCCCAGUUGGCCUUAGCCUUAUCAAGACUCCUUUAUUUCGGAUAUCAUUGUCCCCUUCGAAGCUUAGCGAGAUAUAAUUCAACUUCUUCCCAUUUGGAGAGGGUGCUUGAACGGACAACAUCAGACAACCCUCUUACACACGUCCAAAAACCAACCACAGCUUUCCACACGUGCGCUAUGCUAUUUGUCUGCACCUGCUAUGGACAUAGAAAAAAAGUUGUUAUCUUGUUGGUUUUUAUCUGUGCUCUUUUCAGAGAUUCAGUCUUCAUGUUCAGAUUUCGGACCCCACAUUCUCCCAAAACCCACUUUCUAAUUCAGUUCACUCUUUUAGAUACCUUUCAUUUCAACCCUUCAGCUCCAUUUCAUGUACUAAGCUCUCUGUUCAACAGUGCUUUGAGAAAGGUCAAUUCUUUUUUGUUCUUUGUCCUUUAACAAACCCAUCUUUUCUCCUUGAAGUUGCUUAGUUUUAUCUACAUAUUAUUUUAUCAUGUUGGUUGGAGUGGUUAUAGCUAAUGUUAUUUUAUGAGGUCUUGUUUUCUUCUAGUUCUGGCUAUUAUCAGGCAUUUAAACAAACGAGCUGUCUUUCCUUGAACUUGGAGGUUACUUCUUGUCUUAAAUCCAUUACUUGUAAAACGGAACCUGUUUAUUUGUCUAGGAGUAGAUUGCAGCGCAUUAUGAUUCUCGUUUAGCACGAGAAAUGGCUCUGUUUUCUGUUCUUGUUUGCCGAGAAAGUGCUUGCAAGAAGAAGGGUAAAUGUGAAGUAAACAAAUAUGCAAGUGUGCGUUACACUGGGAAUUGAACAAAUUCCAUGAGAAUCGAGUUUCAUGUGAUUUUGCAACAGAGUUGGAAGGACUCACAGAAGCUAUCUGAGUGUUCCAGAAUUUCAUCCCUUUCUAUGUUUUCUUUGCUUCUAGUUGCUCCAUUACAAAUCUCGCCUAAUAAUUCUUGAGUUGAGGAAGUUGAAGGCUAGACUUAUUCUGAGUGUAUAAAAGUUUAUUGCUUUUUGAGGAUCAGGCGAAGUAGAAAUAUGCAGAAGCCUCUUCAAUCUCAUGAUUUUGCUCUUAAGGAGACCUAUCCUAAAAUAGGGGCGGUGUCAAUAAUGGGAGACAAGCUGUCUAGUACGUAUGACCUUGUGGAGCAAAUGCAAUACCUUUAUGUUUAUGUGGUGAAAGCUAAAGAUUUACAUGGAAAAGAAGUCACUGGUAGCUGUGAUCCUUAUGUGGAAGUGAAACUUGGAAAUUAUAAGGGAACAACAAAACACUUUGAGAAGAAGUCCAAUCCUGAGUGGAAACAAGUUUUUGCUUUCUCAAGAGAACGAAUCCAAGCGUCUCUUUUGGAAGUGGUGGUGAAAGACAAGGCUUACGUAAUAGAUGAUUUCAUGGGGCGGGCUAUUUUCGAUCUCAACGAUGCUCCAAAACGUGUCCCUCCUGACAGUCCGCUGGCACCGCAAUGGUAUAGGCUGGAGGAUCGAAAGGGGGAUAAAGUCAAAGGAGAGCUUAUGUUGGCUGUGUGGAUGGGAACUCAAGCAGAUGAAGCAUUUCCUGAUGCCUGGCAUUCAGAUGCUGCAACUGUGGGAUCUGAAGCCAUUGCUAGCAUCAGAUCAAAGGUUUAUCUUUCUCCCAAACUUUGGUAUGUAAGAGUAAAUAUCAUUGAAGCUCAGGAUCUAGUACUGAGUGAUAAAAGUAGGCAUCCAGAAGUUUUUGCGAAGGUUAUUAUUGGGGCUCAAGCUAUAAGAACCAGGAUAUCUCAAAGCAAGACUAUAAAUCCAAUGUGGAAUGAGGACUUACUGUUUGUGGCUGCUGAGCCAUUUGAGGAGCCAUUGCUUCUGACAGUAGAAGACAAGGUGGCAUCAAACAAAGACGAAAUUCUAGGGAGGUGUUUGAUUCCCCUGCAAAAUGUGCAGAGGCGAUUAGAUCAUAAACCUGUUAGCACUAGAUGGUAUAAUCUUGAGAAACAUAUUAUUGCAGAUGGUGAACAGAAAAAAGAAGUUAAGUUUGCCAGUAGGAUUCAUCUUAGGAUUUGUUUGGAUGGUGGGUAUCAUGUGUUGGAUGAGUCAACCCACUACAGUAGUGAUCUUAGGCCUACUGCAAAACAGUUGUGGAAAUCUAGUAUUGGGGUUCUUGAGUUGGGGAUUCUUAGUGCUCAAGGGCUCAUACCAAUGAAGAUGAAAGAUAGCAGAGGGACGACUGAUUCCUAUUGCGUGGCAAAAUACGGACAGAAGUGGGUUCGAACGAGGACUAUUGUAGACAGUUUCACUCCGAAGUGGAACGAACAGUACACUUGGGAGGUUUUUGAUCCCUGCACUGUUAUUACUGUUGGGGUGUUUGAUAAUGGUUAUAUAGGUGGGGGAAGCAGCGUAAAAGAUUCAAGGAUUGGAAAAGUUCGGAUUCGGCUAUCGACCCUUGAAACUGAGAGGGUCUACACUCAUUCAUAUCCACUUCUGGUCCUUCAUUCUUCAGGAGUGAAGAAAAUGGGUGAAGUGCAGUUGGCUGUAAGGUUUAGUUGUUCAUCUUUGAUUAACAUGUUGCAUAUGUACUCCAGCCCAUUGUUGCCAAAAAUGCAUUACAUUCACCCAUUAUCAGUAAUUCAGCUUGAUACCUUAAGGCGCCAGGCUAUGCAAAUUGUGUCGAUGAGACUAGGCCGUGCCGAGCCUGCGUUGAGGAAAGAGGUCGUCGAGUAUAUGUUGGAUGUGGAUUCACAUAUGUGGAGCAUGAGGAGAAGCAAAGCCAAUUUCUUCAGAAUAAUGGGAGUUUUUGGCGGCUUGAUGGCCUUUGGUAAAUGGUUUGAUCAUAUUUGCAACUGGAAGAACCCCAUUACAACAGUAUUAAUCCACAUCCUUUUCAUCAUUUUAGUUCUUUAUCCCGAGCUCAUUCUUCCAACCAUCUUUCUCUACCUUUUCGUUAUCGGUAUAUGGAACUUCAGGCGUAGGCCUAGACACCCCCAACACAUGGACACCAGGUUGUCUCAUGCUGAUGCAACUCAUCCUGAUGAACUAGAUGAAGAAUUUGACUCCUUUCCUACAUCCCGAUCUACCGAUAUCAUUCGGAUGAGAUACGACCGCCUUCGGAGCAUAGCCGGGAGGGUGCAAACUGUGGUCGGGGAUCUUGCAACUCAAGGAGAAAGGUUUCAAUCGCUACUGAGUUGGAGAGAUCCAAGAGCAAGUGCUCUCUUUGUAACAUUCUGCUUGAUUGCCGCUAUAAUUUUGUAUGUUACACCAUUUCAAGUUAUUUGCCUUGUUGCAGGCAUUUAUGUGCUGAGGCAUCCAAGAUUUCGCCACAAACUUCCUUCUGUUCCUUCAACCUUCUUUAGAAGAUUGCCUGCAAGAUCAGACAGCAUGUUGUGAGCAGAAGUUUAUUUGAAUUAGUGUUCAUUGCCUGUUAUAUGUAUUCCAUGACAUUAACUAGUUAGAUACUAUGUACUUGUUACCCUUGGAAAAUGAUUCAAAGUCUCUUGAAACUCCAUCUCCUUCGGUUUGUUCACUUCGAAGUCUAUGUUUAAUGGUAUUCAACUCCAUGAAUCGAAAAAGAAAUAUUUAUUGGUUCUC